GUGAAAUCACUAGAACAAGGAAAAUUACGCGUAGAGGAAGGAAAACCUAGAAAUAACAACAUACGGGAAAAGCAAGACCCAGUGGAAGAAAAAUCUGGGACUAAUUCUUCGGAUCAAUGA